AUGGUCCAGCCCGUCCAAGAUCUGCCCGGCCUGCCCCACCACCACUACUGCACGACAUGCGGGUACCUCCCUCACCCCUCCCCACUCAUCAACGAGAAGCCGAAGCCCGUGCGGAAGGAUUCAGAGCCUCACGAGAAGUUGGCCAUCGUUCUGAAUAGCAUCCUUGACGAUGUACACUGGAGUUUGGGCGGGUUUCUCCACGCUGUAUUCUCGAUGUUCGGGCGCAAUGCACAUCGUACCCAGCGUCACGCUCAGGUUGUGUCGAGGUUCCUGAAAGGGAAGGAUAAGGAUCCAAAUGGUACGCCAGAAAGCAUCCUCGACCUGUGGAUGCGCCAUUCGGAUGGGCGAUCGUCAAGUCCCCGAUGGCCCCUCCCACCAAAAUCUGAGACUGCGGCGGACCCGGUGCGGGUUGCACUUAUGCGGUUCGCCGUACACCUCGUGGAGAAGACACUCGUUAGCGAGGCUGAACAGGCUAUUAAGCCUCAAAACGGCUUGCACGCUUCACGGAAGCUGCGGAAGAGUGACAAUCCUACGGACGCCUCCGAAGUUCAGUGGGCCGACAUAGGUGCAACAACCCUCGCAUCUGUAUCAGCUAUCACAAAGACCCAACAGCCGCUGCUCUGGGAGCUUCUGCUCUCCAUUGCGGAGCGUGCACCUGGUGCCAAGAGCGUCACGGACGCAGAUGACGCUCGUCGGAAUCGUCCCGCAGAGCUGGUGGUAUGCAACGUGAUCACGACCCUCGACUUCUCGCGCUCCAAUCGUGCCAACCUCGCUCCUCUCUCCUUCGGUUUCCUCGAGUUUGCCUUCUCGACACCGUCAGACAUCUACCCCUACCAGUCCCGUCUUGGCAUCACCCCGACAUACUCAACCAUCCGACGUACUCUUGAGAAGAUGUCACUGAAAGAAGCGACACGUGUACGGGAACUUGGAGCCGACCCAAACAACCCCAUCUGCAUUAUCACGGACAACGUUCAACAUUAUCUGAAGCAGCGGGACGCCUGCGUCGGCCGCGCGAACGGGAUCAACAUCGGCAUGGCGGCUACAUACGUGGAGCUCUCUCACGUUCCCCCAUCCGCUCUUGACUAUGACGACAAGCAAUCGCGCGUGGCUGCAAAUCUCCGCGCAUCAGUGACAGUCACUCAGCUUCUCAAAUUUGUUGAUCAGGAACAUUUUGCGAGAGUGGGUGUGCUCACUCUCCUGCGCAUUCUCAUCAACCGUAUCCCUGAGCUCAAAAAGUACAAGACCAACGUCUCAACAGGCUAUCGCACUCAGGCAAAGAAGAUACUGCUCGAUCCGGUCGCGUCACCACUGCACCCGCUUGGAACGAGCGCGAAGAACGAGACUGUCACGCGUGAGCUGAAGGACGCGCUGGAAGAUUUCCUAGGUCAAGUUGGUCAAGAGAAGACGAGCCACCACCGCAAGCUGGUUCUAUGCGUCGGCGAUGGGCUCACCUACGACAAGAUCGUGCAGCUGAAGAACUAUCUUCGGUUCCACGACAACCCAUUCGAGAGCUUCCAGCUCAUCAAACCUGUUCUCGCUCCGUGGCACACUGCAUGGACCGACCUCAGCCGUAUCUUCAGCGCGCACUGGGACAGCCUCGUAUCACGUGAUCCUUCCAAGCUCGGCUUCGGAGCUGCAAAGCUCCAUCGGCGCCCCCCAUCGAAUCUCAAGAAACCUGACUUCAAUCAGGCACUUGAGAUUGUGGAAACAGUGCAUGAUGCACACGUCCUCGACUGCUUCCGGUGA